AUGUCGAAGGCUCGGUCCGCUGCGGGCGGCGUAGAGCAGGUGGUCAAAAUCAUCGUCGGAGCCGGCCAAGCAAGUCCCAGCCCUCCAGUAGGUCCGGCUCUCGGUAGCAAGGGUAUCAAGUCAAUGGAUUUCUGCAAGGAAUUUAAUGCCAGGACACAACACAUCGAGCCCGGCACUCCAAUGCCCGUGCGGGUAACCGUCAGGCCAGACAGGACAUUCCACUUCGAGAUUCGGACACCACAAACGUCAUGGCUUCUCCUCAACGCGGCCGAAGUACCUAUGGACAAAAAAAAGGGCAAGAGGAAAGGGGCGAGCAAUCCGGGCAAGGAGACGGUAGGGACAGUGAGCCUCAAGCACGUAUACGAAAUCGCAAAGAUCAAGCAAUCCGAGACACGGCUUUCUGGCCUGUCACUCGAAGGGCUUUGCCGGUCAAUCAUCUUCCAGGCCAAGUCGAUGGGCAUCGCAGUCGUUCCAUAG